ACUGCAUGCCAAAACAGUAAUUUCAUUCUAUAGCAAACAAUUGAUACUCGGGAGGGAGAGGACAUAUAUCACCUGUCUAUAGAGCUGUAGCGAUGACGAACACAGUGAUUGUGGUGAGGACAGUGGUGCUGAUGCUGGCUGCCAGUGAGUUAUGUUGGACUAGGUUCAUCGCUUUAAAUGAAGACACAAACGGUCUCCGGCCACAGACAGAGGAAUUAACCAACAGUUUUCAACAGAUGAAGCUACCAACAGCAUCACAAAAUUUGCUUUUGUUGCACAUCCUCAUGAACCAAAAACAAUUUUUGGACAGAAUACAGCACUCAAAAAUACCGGAAAAGCGCCAGAGACGUUGCUAUUGGUCACCAGUAACAUGCUAUGGAUAACAUUGUAAAAACAAAUAUACGUUCCUUUAUACAGCGUAAUAUUAGUGUUUGAAAAUAUGAUGCAAAAACGUGAAAGUGGUAAAUAUGGUUUUUUGUAUUAAAUAUGAAGAGAUCCAGUCAUUUUUAUAACUAUCGUGUCAUGUUAACUUUCAGAUGUCCGAGCUUGGGUUGGAUUCUUGCUAAUAAUUGGUGUACAUUUUCAGAAGACAUUUACGUUUUGUUUGUACUUUCAAGAUUUUUUUCACUCGUGUAGAGACGCAACUGUACAGUGUCAAGUAGGAGUAUAUAAUUAUGAUAACGGCUGCUCUCUUAUGUUAACAUUUGUACUCUUGUUUUUAAACCACGUGUAAUUUGUGUAAAAUUUCCGAUGCAACUCAAUAUGUUUUUAAGUUGAUAAAUACGACAUAAAACCGGAAUCAUGGUAUCAUAAAUAUGAUGUUUUGCCGCCAUUUUCGGUUUUCUGACAUGUAAAAUGAUCAUUUUCACGGAUUAUUUCUAGGUAACAUUGAGCGCAGAUAUCACACAUUUUAUAUUAUCUGUACCGUAAAUUUUAUAAUACAUAUACCGUAAAUUCUAUAUUAUCAACACCGUAAAUUUAUUUUCCAGUACAAAUAUAUUGAUACAUGUAGAAGAAAUUUGUUUAUGUUUUCUGAAAUCAGCUUUCUAUCAAGAUUUGAGAAAUUGCGUCACUUUAGAUGCAAAUGACUGUAAAUACCAGGGACAAACCAUGUACAAAAAUAUGCUCGACAUGAUCUCUUUUAUGAAAUAAAAGACGAUCAAGUCUA